GUGACCAGUCAUCUGACCUGUUCUCGCCAGCGGCUGUCCGAGCUGCGGAAUUAGCGGCACUCGGUGGGCUCCAUCGGCUGUCGAUUGACGGGCCACCGUCUCCCCAGGGUGCGACACGCUGUCUGAGGGGACCGGAGAGGAUGGAGUGGCUGCUGGCGGCAGUGCAGAUGGACCUGGGCAUUGAUGGCGGGCAGCUGGCGCUGGGCGAGGGGGGGCAGCUGGUGGCUCUGGUGCCGGUGAGGUGGCUGGGCAGCCUGCGGCAAAGCUGGCCUGGGCCCUGUCCCAGGCCUGAGGGGCUGAACCAGGCCGAGCUGUCCACGCUGCUGCAGCCCUCUGUCAGCAAGCUGCCUUCCGGCUGGGCCCGCAUCUCCAUCCAGGGCCUGAGGAAGAGGCGGCUUGCGUGCUGGCUGCCAUCGGAGCCCCUGGCCCCCGCCCCCGACCCUGACCCUGACCUUGACUCCUUCUGCGGCUUCAUGAGCCACGUGGCUGAGCAGAACUACCAGAACCUGUGGCGGGAGGCCCACGAAAGGUUUGCCAGGCCGGUGGGGCCUGAACCCGGAGCCAAGGUUUGGGCAACUCCCUGCUUGCAGGCCCUGAAGGCCUCCCUCAGCAGGGUACUGGGCUGCAACUUCACCUGGGUGGGGCCAGGGGGAAGCCCUGAGCAGGAGGAUAGCCCAGACCAGGCCCUGGGGAGCCCGCAUCCCAACCUGCUGCCCGCUGAGGCCCUCCUGGAGUCAGCGGAGGCCCUGUACCUGGUGCAGCUGCUGCCCAGCCAUACCCUGUGUGACGUGCUCACUUUUAGCCCUGCCAAGCUGGCGGGCAGCCACGCCAAGGUGCUCUUUGUGCUGUACCAGGCCCUGCAGGCGAUGAGGGCCUGUCACCAUCACGGCCUGGCCUGCGGUGCCCUCACCCCCGCCCACCUGUCGCUGGACGAGCGCCUCUUCACCCGCCUGCGCCUCAACCUGGCAGACUACGAGGGGCCGGAUGGUGGCGGGGAGCGAAGCCAGGCGGCGAUCACGCCCGAGGAGGGAGAGGAGGGCUCGUGCCGAGAGCCUGGGUCCUUGCGGGAGCUGGUCACCGACUGGGUACACGGGCGGCUCAGCAACUUUGCUUACCUGAUGGUGCUGAACCGGCUGGCGGGCCGGCGUUGGGGCGACCCCAACUACCACCCGGUGCUCCCCUGGGUGACGGACUUCACCUCGCCGCACGGCCGUCUCCGCGACCUCCGCAAGUCCAAGUUCCGGCUCAACAAGGGUGACCGGCAGCUGGACUUCACGUACCGGGAGGCCGCCACCGGCCCAGGGAGCAGCGAGAGGCUGCACGUCCCGCACCACAUCCCCGACGUUCUGUCGGACAUCACCUACUACGUGUACCGGGCCCGGCGCACGCCGCGCUCGCUCCUGUGCCGUCACGUCCGCUCGCAGUGGGAGCCUCACGAGUACCCGGGCAGCGUGGAGCGUAUGCAGGCGUGGACGCCCGACGAAUGCAUCCCCGAGUUCUACACCGACCCCACCGUUUUCCAGUCCAUCCACGACGACAUGCCAGACCUGGAGGUGCCAGCCUGGUGUGGCACGCCCGCCAGCUUCGUGGCCGCGCACCGCCGCCUGCUGGAGUCGCCCGAGGUCUCGCUCCACCUGCAUCACUGGGUAGACCUGACCUUCGGCCACAGGCUCUCGGGCAAGGAGGCGGUGCGGGCCAAGAACGUCUGCCUGCCUCUGGUGGACGCACACACGCACCUCACCAGCUACGGCGUGGUGCAGCUCUUCGACCAGCCCCACCCCCAGCGCCUGGCGGGGCCCGGCUGGGAGCCGCCCGCCGUUACCCGCCGACUGCGGCAGGGACAGGGGCAGUGCCGCCUCGCCAGGCCGGUGCCCGAGGAGGAGGGGGGAGAGGCAGCGGGCCGAGAGCCAGCGGCGGCGGAGGAGGCAGGAGACCUCGAGGAGGGGACUGAGGCUCUGGAUUCCCUCUCAGGCCUAGAGGAGGCCCCUGGUAGGGUGGGCCAGGGCCAGAGGGAGGGGGAGGAGGAAGAGGGCCGCCUGCUGCUGCCGCAGGGUUUCAACCCGCUGCAGGCUCUGGAGGAACUGGAAAGGCUGGGCGGCUUCCUGACCCGCGGCCUGCAGGGCCCCCCGCCCCUGGCCCCACCCCAACCCAGCGAUGGCCUACGCCUGCCACGCCUGCUCCACCUGCUCCAGCGCGACAUGCAGGCCUUCGGUGUGCUGGUGGCCGAGAUGUUCUUCGCCCCGCGGCUGCGGCUCCUGGGGCCCGAGGCCUCGCUGGACGAGCGCCUGCAGGCUGCCCGCCAGCUGGCCUGCUCCCGGUUGCGGGAGGUGGCCGGGCCCCUGCAGCAGGCCGUAGUCACCUUGCUGCAGCUGGAGGGCGAGCAGCCGGCCCCCAGAGCCGAGACGCUGCCCCUUCGCUACCCGGCCGUGCAGGAGGGGCUGCCUCCGCCCAGCCCCGACCUGCUGCUCAGUCCCUGCUGCCCCACUAUCCCUUUUCCGGCCUACUUCCCCGGCCUGUACCGGCUGGCUUGCAGCUUCCCGGCCCCAGGCGAGGCCGCUGCCCUGCUGGGCCGCGACUUUGUCUUCUUGCUCUGGCAGCAGCUGGAGCAGCUGCUGGAUCUGCUGGAGCCCGAGGGUCUGGACAUUCUGCUGCCCUUCGUGUUGGAGCUGCUUUCAGCUGAUGCCACUGCCAUCUAUGCCGCCUGGUACUUGUUUGAGCCCUUGGCACGGGCCUUGGGCCCCUGUGGCACCCAGCGCUGUCUGCUCGGCCCACUCUCAGCCGUCUACGAGAGGCCCGGCUCCCUUCCCGGCCGUUUCUACCUCUACACCGACUGCUUUGUGCUACAGCUGCUAGUGCGGCUCGGCCUGCGACCCUUCCUCACCGGCCUGCUGCCCCACAUUUUGCAGGUGCUAACCGGCCUAGAGGGCCCAGCAGACAGUCCGGGCUUGGCCGCCAGCCUGGAGGAUGAGGCGGGGCCCACAGAGGGCAAGGCCGCUGCGGACUACCUGGGUAGUGGGCCUGAGCUAGCUGAGAGCGGGGAGCUGCCGCCAGAGAUCUUUCCGGCCGAGGCCGAGGCUGAGGCUGCUAGUGGUAGUGGCGGCAGCAGCAACAGCGAGGCCUCGGUUGACGAGCUAGGCCCCGAGCCCGAUCCCGAGUCCAGGGACGGGCUGCAGCUCCCCUCGCCCGGUGGACAGGAGCUGAGGCCACCCGAAGAAGAUGAAGAGGAGGAGGAUGCAGAGGAGGAGGAGGAGGAGGAGGCAGAGGCCACAGCUGUGUUGUGCGGCACUCCGGAGGCAGGAGCGUGUGAGGAACUGAGGCAGAGUGUGGAGGAGGAGGACGACGAGCUGAGCGAGAACAAGGAGCAGAAGAUAUUACUCGACACGGCCUGUAAGACAGUGAAGUGGCUGUCGGCGAAGCUGGGCCCCACCCUCAGCUCCAGGCACAUUGUCCGCACCCUCUUACGCCUUCUCGUCACCUGCUACUUCGGUGUGGAGAAGCAGCAGUUUGUGGUGAGCGGUGAAGAGGAUGUGCCAUGUGUGGGCAGUGUCUACAAGCAGCAGAUGGUACUGGGUGACGUGGUGGCGCGGCCCGUGUUGGAUUGCCUGGUCCACGUGUCUCAGCUGUACGGGGAGCCUGUACUCACCUACCAGUGCCUGCCCUACGUCGCCUACCUGGUUGCCCCUAGCAACAGCCGGCGGCUGAACAGUCGGAAGGAGGCAGGGCUGUUGGCAGCAGUGGUCCUGAUGCAUAAGAUCAUUGUCUACCUAUCGGACACCACGCUGAUGGACAUCUUGCCCAAGAUUAACCAGGACCUGCUGCUACCUGUGCUGGACCUGCUCAUCUCGCCCCUUGCCAGUUUCCCAGGUGGGGCACAGACUCGCUCGGUGUUGGGGGUGAAGACCCUCGGGCUACUUGCUCUGGUGUGCCUGCGCAUUGGCCAGGAGAUGGUGAUGCAGCACAUGACCGAGAUGUUGGGCAGAUUCUUACAGGGAUUCUCCGUUGUGCCUGAGCUGCGGGAGAAGCUGGGGCUGAGCGCAGAUGCCCAGGACUGGGCAGGAGUGUCCGAGACAGAGCUUGGAGGAGGCUGGGAUCUUGCAGCCCUCGAGGAGCUUGAGGAGACGUUCAGCCCGGAGAUGGCCUACUCUGCCUACGUCCUCUUCAACUGUCUGAUCGGAGACAGCCCCUCCCAGCAGCCGCGGUGGGAUGAUGGGUGGGUGCGGGCCCUUGCCACCCGCUACCAGGAGGAGGUCAGCACCUGCCCCACCCCACCCUCGCCGGACGCCAGCCAGUCCCCUUUGUGGUGGGGUGCGGGAGCUGAAGACGGGCAGAGCGGCAUCUUCGGCAGCGGCGUUGUGGGCAACCGGAUUGAGGUGGCGUGGGGUUCCGCGGGCUGGCGGGGAGCAGGGGUGGCUUCGGGGUCACGAGCGGCCCCUCCCCACGAGCCUGGCGGCCUGAAACAGGAGCUGGUUCGGAGCGGCCGCUGGCUGGACGGCAACUGGCUGGCGCACUGGCAAUACGAGGUGGGCCGGGCGCACCAAGACCACUGCUGCCACUUCCAUCAGAUCCCCCUGCAGUGUUUCCGCGGUCACACCAGUGCCGUUCGUGCUCUCUGCCCCCUCCCCGCUGAAGACUUCUUCCUGAGCGCUGGUCGCGACCGGACCGUGCGCCUGUGGCCCCUCUACAACCGGGGGGAUGGGAACGACGCCGUGGGCCCCCGCCUCACCUAUGCCCAGCACCGCCGCCCCGUCUUCGCAACACAACAUCUGGACACCCUACAGCAAGUGGCCAGCUGUGAUGGAACCAUCCACAUCUGGGACCCUUUCACAGGAAAGUCGAUCCGGGUAUUCGAUGGUUUUGAUUCCCGGAAUCCGAUCACAGCUCUGACAGCCAUGCCCUCCCCUCACUGCAGCCUCCUGGUGGGAACGUCAGACUCUGUGCUUCACUUCAUCGACCCCCGCAAACCCGGACUGCAGCAUGAGUUUCGGCUCGGGAUGAACGCCAGUGCUGGACUAAUCCGCUGUAUGUCCGUCAGCCCCAGUGGACGUUCGGUGGCCGUGGGCUUUUCCUCGGGGUACAUUUACCUGCUGGACAUCAGGACCGGCCUCAUCCUGAAGGUGUGGCCAGCCCAUGAGAGUGACAUACUUCAGCUGAAGUGCGCUGAGGGGAACGUUCUGGUCAGCUCUUCAACUGACCACUCCCUUACUGUGUGGACGGAGUCCGAGCCGAAACCUCUGCAGCUCUACAAGUCGCCCUCUGACCCUGUGCACACCUUCGAUCUCUAUGGUGACGAGAUUGUGGCGGGCACGGUGGCCAACCGGAUCGGGAUCUACUCGCUGGACGGUGCCGUCCCCGCGGCCAGCAGCAAGCUGAGUCUGGAGAACUUCCGCGGAGUGCUGACUUCCCUCGCGGUGCUGCCCGCCAAGCGGCUGCUGUUGCUCGGAUCGGAUAAUGGCUCCGUGCGUCUGCUCGCCUAAUCCAGCCGAGAUGCUGCCUGACCUGGCUGAGUUCCUCCAGCGUUUUGUGAAAGCAAAGGGAAUCACAAACAUUUGCAAGAAUCUUCAGCCAGAGUACUGAGUGGGUGAGAUCCUCCGAGCUGCCCAGCACGGUAGACACCGGUCUUCAGCCAGUUCUGUUCACUCCAGCUUCUACAAACCUGCGGCCAAAUUUUAUUUGGAGUCUGAGGAGAUUUGGCAUCUUAUUAAAAGACUCUUAACGAAUCUCUACAGAUGUACCAUGUAGAGCAUUCGAACUGGUUGCAUUCUUGUCAGGAUGGGAAAAAGCUGCAGAGAGUUGUAAACUCUGCCAGAUCCACCAUGGGCACCAGCCUCCCCUGCACUGAGGGCAUCUUCAAACGGCAAUGCCUCAAACGGUGGCAUCUAUAUUAAGGACCCCCAUCACCCAGGACGUGUCCUCUUCUCAUUGUACCAUCAGGGAGGAGGUACAGGAGCCUGAAGGCUCACACUCAGUGAUUCAGGAACAGCUUCUUCCCCUCUGCCAUCAGAUUUCUGAAUGGACACUGAACCCAUGAACACUACCUCACUAUUAUUACUCGUGACUAUUUUGCACUACUUAAUUAAAUUUUUAUAAACAUUUAUUACAAAUUUUAGUAUAUUUGUUUGGAACAGUACUGUUGCCACAAAACAACAAAUUUCAUGACUCGUCAGUGAUAUUAAACCUGAUUCCAAUAAGAAACCAUGAAAGGCAUUAGUUCUGCACAAGCUGUGGCCCCUGUUAAACAUGCAGCACCAGCACUGGAAACCUCUGCUCAAGCACCGGCCGCACCCUCAGUCACCCAGA